AAAAAAAACGCAGUCUCAGACCCUCCCUUGGCGACCGCAGGGCAUGCUGGGAAUUUCAGGUGCGUCUCCCCAGCUUCAGGAGGGAGCAUUUAUUAGAUUAUUGAGCCGCUGUAGGGUGAAUGGGGGAGGGGAAGGGAAGGAAGCAAAGAGGCAGUCAGUACGCAGGCGCGGCCCUGUUGGCUGUUUUCCUCGGAUCGACCCACCCCCUCCCCUUUACUGGGUUAGAAAGUCUGGGAGUGGGCCUGCGAGCACGUGCAGCUGAGCCAGAGCAGGAGGGUGGGCGGGCAGGGGGGCGAAUGGGAGGGAUCCGGAGACCUUGAGCCGGGAGAGGUACGGAGAGGGGGAGGGUCUGCUGGGAGGGGCCAGGACGUAACCCCCCCCCUCCGGCUUCUGCCCCCCCCCUCCUCCUGUCCCUGCCCUCCUCCGGCUUCAGGCCGCUUUUUCUGCGUCCUUCUUGGAUUCUUCACAAGCCCCGUGCUGAUGCAAAGACAAGUUUAGAAGUAAAUGAGAUGAUUACAAAGCCAAGCCUUAUUGUGGAAGAAUCUGGCAACCAUAGUUUCAUGAGUGAUGUUUCCUGUGACUUCAGUUUGAGAGAAAUCUGACUAAUCUCAAGGAAGAUAAAAUCAAGAGUGGUUAUGAAUUUGAUGAAACUGCAAAAGGAUUAAGACAAUAUUCAGGCCUAAAUCGGUGUGAGAAAGUGACCUCAUGAAGUAACUGUACUCAGGACAGUUAAUAGAACAAGUGCUUUUCUGAACAGGAAGAAGAAUGCACAAGUAUCAGGGUAAUAUAGGGGAAAGGGCCUUCAGAUCACAUUAGACAUCAAAAAAGUUAUUCUAGAGAAAUGAUUUCUGAGGAUAGUAAAGAUGGGAAGGCCUUCUCACAGAAUACUGAGUUUGCUAGACCUCAGGGAAUCCACUUGGGAGAGAAUCCUUAUGAAUGUGAUCAGUGUGGAAAGGAUUUCAGAAGCAAAUCAAAGCUUGCUGUACAUCAGAGAAUCCACACUGGAGAGAGACCUUAUAAAUGUAAUCAGUGUGGAAAGACUUUUAGAGAUCGCUCCAAUCUUAGUAAUCAUCAGAGAAUCCACACUGGAGAGAAACCUUAUGAUUGUCAUCAGUGUGGAAAAGCUUUCAGAAAUAGAUCCAAUCUUACUCAUCAUCAGAGAAUCCACACUGGAGAAAAACCCUAUGAAUGUAGUUGGUGUGGAAAGACUUUUACGGAGGGGGGCCAUCUUGUUUCCCAUCAGAGAAUCCACACUGGAGAGAAACCUUAUGAAUGUGAUCAGUGUGGUAAGGCUUUCUCAGUCUGCUCUGCUCUUAGGAAACAUCAGAGAAUCCACUCUGGAGAGAAACCUUAUGAAUGUAAACAAUGUGGAAAGGCUUUCACACAGAGGGGUGAUCUUGCUAAACAUCAGAGAAUCCACUCCGGAGAGAAAGCAUAUGAAUGUAAACAAUGUGGAAAGGCUUUCACAGACAGGAGCCAUCUUGCUUGCCAUCAGAGAAUCCACACUGGAGAAAAACCUUAUGAAUGUCAUCAAUGUGGAAAGACUUUCAGAACUAGAUCCAAUCUUACUAUUCAUCAGAAAAUCCACACUGGAGAGAAACCUUAUGAAUGUGAUCAAUGUGGAAAGACUUCUAGAACUAGAUCCAAUCUUACUAUUCAUCAGAAAAUCCACACUGGAGAGAAACCUUAUGAAUGUCAUCAAUGUGGAAAAACUUUUAGAACUAGAUCCUCCCUUACUCAUCAUCAGAAAAUCCACUCUGGAGAGAAACCUCAUCAAUGUCAUCAAUGUGGAAAAGCUUUCAUAAAGAGCUCCACUUUGAGGAGACAUCAGAGAAUCCACAAUAGAAAAAAUCCUUAUAAAUGUAAACAGCAUGAAGAAAUUUCAAAAGAGAAAAACAAUCUUGUUGACCAUAAGCAAAUCCAUACCACAGAGAAACAUUUUGAAUAUGAACACUGUGGAAAGAUUGUCACACAAAUCUCCAUUCUUACUCAACCUAAGAGAAUCCACACUGGAGAGCAAGGCCUGCAAAGAGGAAGUCUCCCCAUCUCGGGUAUUCUACUCUCUGAAGAUAACCAAAGUCUGGCCCAAGGAGAGACCCUGGAGCCAGAGGGAAUGGCGCUGGGGACCCCAAGACCCCCAUCUGAGGGGCCAAUAACAUUCCAGGAUGUGGCUGUGGACUUGACGCAGGAGGAGUGGCGCCUCUUGGACCAUUCUCAGAGAGGGCUGUACCUGGAGGUCAUGCUGGAGAACGCCCAGAACGUGCUCUCUGUGGCUGCUAGAGAAGAUUUGAUCUCCCAUUUCCAGCAAGAAGCAGCACCAUGGAUGGCAGAUCCAAAAGGUACAAGGAGCUUCUGUCCAGAUGCAGAGACCAGUUUUGAAAUGAAUGAGAUGUCUACAAAGCUGAACCUUUUUGUGGAAGGACCUCACCCCCAAAGAUGCAUGAAUGAGGGUCCCUGUAACUUAGUCUUCAGAGGAAUCUGUGACUUUGAUAUCAAGGUUAGAAAGAAUCCAAAUACUGACUGUGUAUUUGAUGAAACUACAAUGGAAUCCAGACAAUAUUCAGUCCUAAAUCAGUAUAAGAAAAUUACCUCAAGGAAUGACUCUUUUCAGGAUAAUGAAUAUAGCAAAUACUUUCCUGAAGAAAUAGAAGUUCUCCAGACCCAUGAGAAACCUCCUGAACUGCAUAUGCAUCAAGGCAAUCUAGAGGAAAUGGCCUUCAGCUGGAGUUCACACCUCCUUAGACAUCCCCAGAGUAAUAAUGGAGAGAUGCUUUCUAUGAGUAAUGAAGGUGGGAAGGUCUUCAGUCAGAACUCUGAGCUCGCUAGCAAUCAGAGAAUCCACACUGUAGAGAGACCUUAUGAAUGUAAACAAUGUGGAAAGGCUUUCACAGUGAAGGACCAUCUUGCUGCACAUCAGAGAAUCCACACUGGAGAAAAACCUUUUCAAUGCAAUCAGUGUGGAAAGACUUUCACACAGAAGGGCAGUCUUAACAAACAUCAAAGACUCCACACUGGAGAGAAACAUUAUGAAUGUACACACUGUGGAAAGGCUUUCACAUUGAGGCAACAUCUUGCUGAACAUCAGAGAUUUCACACUGUAGAGAAACAUGAAAAGAGAAAUGACAGAAGUUGGAAGAGUGUUGGUAAAUUGAGAUCUUAAUGAAGUCUUUGGGGAGUUGGGGAGGGAUUCAGCCAUUCUGGAGAGGAAUUUGGAACUAUACCCAAAGCCUUAUUAAACAGUUCUUACCCUUUCACCCAGAAAAUACCAUUACUAAGUCUGCAUUCUAAAGAGAUCAAAAGCAAAAAGGAAAAGGACCUAUAUGUACAAAACACUUACAGCAGCCCUUUUUAUGGUGGUGUUGAAUUCGAAAGUGAACGUAAACCUAUCAGUUAGAGACUGUGUAAAUUGUUGUAUAUGAUUAUAAUGGAAUUCUCUUAUGAUUGGUGAUGAGCAGGAUGAGGCUAAAAAAAUUAGGAAGACUUACAUGAACCAAUGCACAGGGAAGUAAGCAGAACCAGGAGAACAUUGCACAGAGUGACAUCAUUGUAUGAUGAAUAACUGGAUAUUUAUUCUCAGCAACACUAAGAUCCACAAUCAUUUCAAAUAACACAAUAAGUGGCAUCUUCCAGAGAAAAUACUGAUCAAGUCUCAAUCCAGAGGAAUUUUUUUUUUACUUUCUUAGGUUUUUGUAUGAGUUUCCUUCCACAAAAGAAUUAAUAUGGGAAAAGGUUUUACAUGAAUUGUAUAUAUAAAGUCGAUAGCAGGUUGCUUACCAUGUCUAGGGUGGAGAGGAGAGAAAUUCCAAGAAUCAAACAAUUUUUUUUCAGUAUUGGAGAUUGUUUUUGCAUAGAAUUGUGAGGGUACAAAUAUCAGAUGGAGAGAGUGGGGGAGAAGAGUGGUAGGAUCAGUAGACAGGAAGAUUCUUCCUGAAAUGAAGGGAUCUACAAGGAAUGGCUGUAGGAAGAGCUUCCUCUGGAGCUCCGACUUGGCUGUACACUGAACACUUGGAGAUGGGACUCCAUAUCUGUUUCACAAGGGAAGGCCUCUUGCUCUAGCAGAGAUUUCAUUACAUCUUCCCAGAGCAGAUCUCAUUAGACACCCCAGAUUUCAUACUGGGCAUAAAAUUGCUACCAUGACAGAAUGUUUUCUCUGCAUGUUUGUCAUUUCUCACUAUUUCGUGGCACUCAUCUUUAACUCUUUCUUCAGCAAUUCCCCAAUUCAUUGGCACUAGCUUGGUUUUCUGUAUUUUUGCCAGCAUAUAUAGACCUUCUGAAACAAACAAAAUAACAGUGGAGGGGGAAGGAGUGGCAGGGAGAAAGGACUGAGCCCAACGUGUCCCAGUACUCCAUGUGGUGAUGCCGUUGGCUGAUUUCUGGGUCUCAGCAGAGAUCCUACCCCUGUGGGAUGUAGUAGUGGGGGUGGAUUUGAGGUGUCGGGGUCCACUUCAGCUUCUAAAAUAUCAGCCAAUGAGGACAGUCAGGACACGUCCAGAAGUUCAACCAUCAGGUAAUCAGAGAAGACAUGGGUCCCUGUAUAGGCAAAGUCAAGACACCCUCUUUUCUAGGGGGGCUGGUGAAGGAGACACACAUUUUGUUCAUGGGAAUUUCAUUCCCUGAUUAAAAAACUUCUCCCCCAAGAAAUGGCUCCAUAUUCUUUAUUGGUAGAAAUCUGAACAUGACACAAUAAAACAACAUGAACAAGCACCUGAUUACUCCCCCCCCUCCCCCCCCCCCCCCCCCGACCAUUGCUGUCUCUUUAGUUAAAGAGUCACAAUGGAGAAAGGGAGAAGAACUUCACUUGCUCUGACAGGUCGUCAAAGCCAACGAGGAGACUGAACUAGAUCUCUUCCAUGUUUUCCUUUCAAAUUUAGCCACAUAAGUGUUUGAGUUAACAUAAUCAACCUGUAUUAUUAUACAAUACAAUGUUAUAUGUUUAAUUAUGUUACCAUGUCAUGAUUAUGUUAUAGGUUGCUCUACUAUCAACUAUAAUUGACAUCAUACAGUAUUAUCGCAAUUAUACGAGAAUCCUAACAGAUUGAGCAUUUUCAUUAGGAGGAGCCUGUGACAAGGAAAUCACUUUAAAAGACUGAUAUAUAUUAAUUUAAGGUCGCCAAGGAAUUCAGCUAUGUAAUUCCUAAAUGAAAACUCAAGUCAGCAGUCAACCUUUUAUGGAGUUUAAUUACAAACAGGAGGAAGAAAGGUAUUAGAGAGAGAGAGAGAGAGAGGGAGGGAGAGAGAAAAGGGGAGAGAAGGGAAUAGGGCUUAAAUACCCCUUCUGUUUAGGCUGGGCCAAAAGGCCCAAGCCCUUAGAUAGCUGGGGCAAUGAAAGGAGAUCAGUCCCUAUUACGUGACCAAAAUGGAGAAACAGUCUCAGGGGCCUCCACCUCCAGCUUCCUUCAGAGCAAGCUUCUCAGAGCACAACCUCUCAGAGUAAAACCUCUCGAACUCCUUCAGAGCCACCUCGCUCAGAGCAAAACCUCCUCCAUUCUCUCCUCAGACCCCGCUAUCUUUAAGGAAACCUCAAGUUCCCUCCCCUCAGUUCUCACAUCUACCAAUCACUAUCCAUCAUUUUCCCUGUGCCAAUGGUGGUUCUAGUUUAACCCAGGACCGCCCAGAGGUCUGUGGCUUUGCACAUGUCUGUUGAAGGUCAUAUUCUCAAAUAAUUAAAUCUUGAUCCUUUGCUGCAGCCCUUCCUAAAUCCUGUUCUGUCAUUCCAAGUAUCUCUAUUGGAUCAAUUCUAAAAUCAAUCAUGACUCAAAGAACUUCCUGUUCUAUGCUUAAGCAUAGGUCAAAGCCCUUUCCAUUGUUUAGCAAAAGGUUUCUGUCCUAAAGUAGUCUUAGGUAGGGAGGAGAAGGAUCCUCCCUACCUUAUGUUGGAAAUGGGGAAAUUUCCAACAUUCAUAAGUCUAGGAAAUUUUAAGGUUUACAAGCCAAAUCAUUUUGGAAUGAAACUUAAUGCUUCCCAAUUAGGUUUGUAACGGAAAUUAGAAUGAAGAUCCAGAAGCCAGCGCUUUAGAUGGUUAAAACACUUGAUCUCCUGGAAUGAGCACACCAUUGUGAAUGCAUCCAUGUUUUCAUCACAAUCUAACAGCCUCCAGAUUAUAAAAGAAGCUAUUUUCCAUGGAGUAUCUUUGGACAUCCCAACACAUCUCUCAUUGGCAAAUACCUGGCACGGAGCUGGCCCUUCAAAACUCAACCCCUCCCCACUGUCUGGGUUAUGGUGGCUUGUCAUGUCGUUGGUCUUGUGUGCCCUAUUGAUGGGGGGCCAGGAGAAAUCAAGCUCUACAUGGAUUGUCCUGUUUCAUAAUUAGAGAUUCAAAGACUUCCUUCUGCUAUUAGCGAUAGAAACUAGUCUAAAUAGUCCUCAUGGAUUGAUUGAUUGAGCAAGAGGAACUCAUCAUCUCCUCCCUAUUUCUAUCAGACUAGAGUGAAGCAUUCCUUGAAGUUCCUGGGAAAGAAAGAAUGAGAACAGAGGUCAAGGAAUCCGUAUGGGGCUCUAAUUAAAAAAUUCAGGAACGGACAUAAUUCAAUAUGCUAAAGCAAAUCUUAUCAAAGGAAUUCGAUGCAUUACAAUAAUACAUAAAAUAGAAUAACAGGAAUGAGAACACCUUUGAACUGGCAUUUGAAUUUUUUUGCACUCAAAAAGUCAAUUUCUGAAUUUUAGAGCUUGUUUCAUAUAUAAUACUUAUUUUCUAUUUUAUGGUGGAUAUCUUGACAUUUUUUUAUUUAACUAAUUAAUUUAAAAUAUUUUUCCAUGCUUAAAUGAUUUAUGUUCUUCCCACCCCCCCCUCCAAUAGUUGAAGUGCAAUUCCACUGGGUUUUACUUGUGUCACUGAUCAAAGCCUAUUUCCAUAUUACUGUUUAUGGUGGAUAUAAAAUAUUCAUUUCAUUUCAUGUUUGUGAAUUUCAAAAUUAAAAAAUUAAAUAGUG